GGCCAUCCUCGCAGGUGAUGAUCGGCGAACCACCUGAAUCUUUCAAUCUACGCAAGAGAAUCGACGCCUAGACGCCGCAUCGAAGGGAAACCAAGGAUCCCGGGAAUCUCAAAUCUGGCCGGUCCAUCCGUCGCUGCCAACCGCCGAGGCCGCCGCCGUUGCGAUACAACCCUCGACAUCGACGACAAUUCCGGUCCGACCGAACGAAAACCGGCUGUGUUAACCGCACUCGGAACCUCAACGUCUCAAGCAAAAUCGCAAAAUCGCAAGCCGACUUUUUGGAGUACCACUUGGCGCAUGAUUCCACGAUAGAGGCACCGCAACCUCACCUCGCGAUCGAGGCGAAGCUCUCCCCCGCCAUCUCAGCAUGACGCGCCCGCGCAUCCCCGCCCUCUACGGCAUCUUCCAGUUCUGUCUCCGCCUGACCCUCGUCGUCUUUGAGGUCUGCGCCCUCGCCGCCCUCAUCACCUUGUCAAGAUAUGGCUUCCACUUCCCGCUGGGAUACGUCACAUCCGUCUCAGGCAUAAUCUUCUCCAUGACCGAAAUGGUAACCCUCGCAAACUCAACCCACCAGAUCCCCCGCAUGCGCACCGGCGCCAUCGUCGUCGCCGACUUCGUCCUCUUCGUCCUCGGCCUGGUCGCCUUCUUUUAUUUUAUUAUCCUCAACGGCUGGCGCACGGGGAGCCCGAACCGCGAGUACCGCGCCUGGCGCGAGGAUCCGCUGCGGCGGGAAAAGGAGACGUGGGCGCCGUGGUACAUGUGGCUGCAGCUCAUCGCCGCGGUGCUGCAUUUCUUGUACAUGGCCAUGCACUGCGUCGACACGUGUAAGGAGGGCGGACCGGAGCAGCAGCGGCGGCGGCGGAGGGUGCGGAGGCGGGCGAGGGAGGUGGAGAGGCGGGAGAGGAGGGCUGGGAUUGGGAGUGGGGAUCUUGAGACGGCGCAGGUUGUGCCGCAGGUUGUGCCGCCGAGUUGAUGAUGGGUUGACAAAGAGUGGAUGAGAUGGGAAAACUCUUUGGCUACUGACUUUUCUUUGCAUUGGGAGUAUGGCUUGGGUAUGAGGUGUUCUUGGCGUUUGGGAGAUGGAGGCAAUGGGGAUUUUUCAUGAGACAUGGACAAAGGGGAUUUUGGUGCGGCCUUGAGCAAGUGCUGGUCUUGGCCGGG